AUGAGCAACAAACAGCCGAACCUCUUCGCGUACCCUUCGGUCGACGACCUCGCGCCCGCACUGCGAUCCUACGUCAUCCAGGCCCAGAAUGCCGGCCUGAGCCGUCACGGCGCCUUCAAGGUCGCCGUCUCGGGCGGCUCCCUGCCCAAGACUCUGGCCCAGGCCCUCCUGCCGCCCUCGUCCGGCCCCGACGACCAAGUCCACUUCGCCAAGUGGGAGAUCUUCUUCGCCGACGAGCGUGCCGUGCCCCUCGACCACGACGACUCCAACUACGCCCUUCUCAAGAAGGAGCUGCUCGACAAGAUCCCCGCCGACCAGGGUGCCCCGACCGUCCACCCCAUCGACACCACCUACCUGAACGACACCCAGGAGCUGGCCGACCAGUACGAGAAGACGCUCGUCACCAGCUUCGCCAGCCGCGACAGCGUGCGCCUGCCCAUCUUUGACCUCCUGCUGCUCGGCUCCGGCCCCGACGGCCACACCUGCAGUCUGUUCCCCGGCCACGAGCUGCUGCGUGAGACCACCGCCUGGGUCGCCCCCAUCGAGGACUCGCCCAAGCCCCCUCCCAAGCGCAUCACCCUCACCCUGCCCGUCGUCAACCAUGCCGUCAAGAUCGCCUUCGUCGCCACCGGCGCCGGCAAGAAGGACAUCAUGAAGCGCAUCUUUGAGCACGGCGACGGUCUGCCCUGCGCCCUCGUCAACGAGGGCGCCGGCGACCGCGUCAGCUGGUUCGUCGACAACGCCGCCGUCGAAGGCGUCAGCUACCCCCGUCGUCCUUUCUUGUGA